UCUAAAUCCUUAGGCAUAGAGGAUAGAUUAAUAAAGAAGGAUGACGGUCAGUUACUUUGGGUUGGCGAUUUCGAAGAAUUAAAACGCUUUUCCAAGGAAGUUUUACAUCUCCCUGGAAAAUGGACAUCGCCGGGAGGUGAUGCUAAAUCAUAUUCCGACGAAAACCUCAAGCUUAAAUGGUCGGGACCGAGCAAGAAAAAGCUACUAGUUGUGAAAGACGAAAAUUCGUGUAUUUCGAAUAUCCUGAAAGAGAAAACGUCGAUGAAAACCACUGAAAAAUCUGUUUGUACCGACGAACACGUGGCCGCCAUGACAUCAACCGAAGCGACCGGAAAAUCUGAGCAUCAUGAAACAUGUGAUAAAUGUCACUCAAAAGAUACAGAAAUCUUGCAUAUGAAGAAGGAAAUAACUGAAAUAAAAACUAUUAUCAAAGAAUUGGGAAAAAAUCAACGUGAAAGUGAAUACGAAACCGAGAAAAGCUUAUCUAAAACGAAAGACGCCAUGAAAAAUAUGUCAACAUUGAAUUACAAAAUGGCGGACGAAAUUGAAUCACUUAAAACAGUGAUCGAACAAAUUACCAGCGAGAAUAAUCAAAUGAAAAUUAUUCUAGAAAUGAAACAAAAUGAAUGGAUUGAGGUAGAAAAAAACAAAGCAUCUAGUACGACCAAGUCAACAUCUGUAACAUCAACACCGAAAAGUUAUGCUGCAGUGGUCUCAAAUAGCUUUGAAAGCCUUGUAGACAAACAUACUACAAAUGAAUCGUCCAAUGAUGAUCUAAGUCAUCUAACCGAAACGUCUGUGGAAAAUGACAACUUCAAUUGUCCACCUGAGAACAUCAGUUCUCGUUCUCAAUCAACUAUCGAUCAACAAUCAAACAAGAAUGAAAGUAAUGUUGACAAUCCCAAUCCUACAAAGAAAAUUUUGAACCCACCAAAAGUACUCGUAAUUGGUGACUCCAUGGUCAAACACAUUUGCCAAGAAAAACUAUCCUAUGCAGCGAAAGCAAAGACUAUAUGCAAGUCGUAUCGAGGUGCAAGGAUCAAAGAA